AUGAUAAAAAAAUUAUUUUCUAUUAAUUCCCUUUUAAAGGUAACUAAAAAAUAUAGUACAUCAAAACUGUACAUACCCUAUAAUCAGACAUCUGAUAAAUAUGUUGUUGUUGAACCAUAUUUGGAUUUGGAGAAUUGUUUAAAAAAUAUUAAUGUUUUAAAAGAUAAUAUUACUUUAAGGGGUUUAAAUAUCGAUAUAGAUAAAAUAUAUGAAAAAUGGCCAAGUUUUAUAAGUGCACGAGACGAAAUCGUCUCUUUAAAUAUUGAAAAACAAAAAAUUGCCGAACAAUUUAAAAAAAUCAAAAAGGAUAAUGGUAAUGAGAUUCUCACGCUCAAAGAAAGUAGAUCAAAAGUAAUGGCAAGAUUAAAGUCAUUGAGAGACGAUAUCUCUGCAUUAGAAACAGAAGUGGUUAUUCCUAGUCUUAGCAUACCAAACAGCUUACAUCCCGAGUGUCCUUUAUCUGAAAGUAAAAUUUUAUUCCAACACUGUGGAAAAAUGCAAAUCGACAAUAAAGAUUGCAUAGAUCAUUUAAGAAUUGGCACAGCCUUGGAAUGUUUGGAUUAUAUAAAUCCCGUAAUUGUUUAUAUUAAGAAUGAAGCGUCUCUAUGUGAACAAGCAACAAUGGCUUAUUUCAAUGAAUAUUUAGAAAAGUCUGAUUUUAUACCUUUUUGUAAUUCAGAUCUUAUCAAAAGUGUAAUUAUCGAAGGAUGUGGUGCUGACAUUGACAAUGCAGACCAAACAUUUAUUUUGAGCGAACAAGAUCUACACUUGAUGGGUGGUGCAAGUCUGCAAUCUUUUUGUGCAUUUCUUACCAAAGCGAGUGUAGGAGGAAACAAACUGCCUCUAAAAUUGUAUUCAACUGGUCGAUCGUAUAAACCCUUUAUCAAAAACAUUGGACUUUUCUCUGCCGUACAAACAAAUGCUGUUGAAGUUUUAAUUGGUUCGACUGAUGAAUUGAAAUCUAAAGACGAAUUUGACAAAAUGUUGACCAUUUACAAACAGUUAUAUGAAAAUAUCGGUUUAGACUAUCGCAUAGUUUACUCGCCAGUCUCAAAGUUGGAAAAUUGGGAGUGUUUAAGGGCUCAAGUGGAAUUGUACUCGGUCAGCUGUAAAAAUUAUGUUGCUGUUGCUUCGUUAUCUUUAUCUGGGGAUUUUAUUAGCAAGCGUUUAAGAAUUUAUUGGUCUGGCAAAGACAAAAACAAUUUUUUACAUAUUGUCAACGGUAAAGUAGUAGAUACUAAUGUACUGCUAGGAUGUUUGUUAGAACAAAAUGUUAAUGAGUUCACUGUACCAGACUGUAUGAAAAAUUAUAUGAUUAAAUAAAACAUUAAUAUUAUUUGA